AUGGCCUCCCAAAACCCCGCCGAAACCCCCGUCCAGGGCGACGCUGCCCCCCAAACGCUGCCUGAUCGCACUCAAACCCCCGCCGAUAACCAGGGCGAGUCCAAGAACGCCGCCAAGAAAGCCGCCAAAGCUGCAAAGCUCGCUGCGGAAAAGGCGAACAAGGGAGAGAAGGCUAAACAGGGUGGUGGAAAGCAGGCCCCCAAGAAGGCUCCCACGAAGAAGAUGGAGGGUGCGGCGCUGAUUGGAAUCGAUGUCGCCAAGGAAACGGAUUUCCCAAAUUGGUACCAGCAGGUUCUCACGAAGGGAGAUAUGCUUGAUUACUAUGAUGUGUCCGGCUGUUUCAUUCUGAAGCCCGCUUCGUACUUCAUCUGGGAGGAGAUCCAGAACUGGUUCAACAAGAAGAUCAAGGCAAUGGGCGUGAAGAACUGCUCUUUCCCUCUGUUCGUGUCCGAGGAUGUGUUGCAGCGUGAGAAGGACCACAUUGAGGGUUUCGCUGCGGAGGUCGCCUGGGUUACCCAUGCUGGCUCCACCCCUCUUGAGAAGAAAAUCGCUAUUCGUCCCACCUCCGAGACUGUCAUGUACCCCUAUUAUGCCAAGUGGAUUCGCAGCCACCGUGACCUGCCUCUGCGUCUGAACCAGUGGAACUCCGUUGUGCGAUGGGAGUUCAAGCACCCUCAGCCCUUCCUGCGCACUCGUGAGUUCUUGUGGCAGGAGGGUCACACUGCGCACUUGACAAAAGAAGCCGCCAACGAGGAGGUGAUGCAAAUCCUCGACUAUUACGCGGCUAUUUACAACGAGGCACGUAUUUAUGCUCUUCUGGCUGUUCCGGUCGUGAAGGGUCGAGGAGAUUACACGACGACUGUCGAGGGUUACAUUCCUGCCACCGGCCGUGGUAUUCAAGGUGGUACUUCCCACGGUUUGGGUCAAAAUUUCGCACGCAUGUUCAACAUCGUAGUCGAGUCUCCGGACUCAAAGCCCGGCGAGGUUCUGCCCCCUCUCCACGUUUGGCAGAACUCAUGGGGUCUGUCGACUCGUACCCUCGGUGUCAUGGUCAUGAUCCACAGUGACAACAAGGGUCUUGUUCUGCCUCCUCGUGUGGCAGAGCUCCAGACCAUCAUUGUUCCCGUCGGUAUCACUAACAAGACCACCGAGGAGGAGAAGGCGAAGCUUGAUGCCGAGCUGGAUGGCCUGGUUGCCGUUCUCGCCGCCGCUGGUGUCCGUGUAGAUAGUGACAAGCGCGCCUACUCCCCUGGCUGGAAAUUCAACCAGUGGGAAAUGCGCGGUGUGCCUCUGCGCCUUGAGUUCGGCCCUGGAGAGUCCGCUGGCCACUUCGUCACUGCUGCCCGUCGUGACAUUCCUGGCAAGGACGGCAAGAGCCCUAUCCCCAUCCCGGAUCUGGCAACUGCUGUUCCCGCCCUCCUGGAAACCAUCCAGGCCGAUAUGCUCAAGCGCGCUACUCUCGAAUUCGAUUCCCACCGCAAGAUCAUCACUAACUGGGAUGAAUUCGUGCCUGAGCUGAACCAGAAGAAUCUGUUGAUGGUUCCCUUCUGUUUGACCGAGGCCUGUGAGGACCAGAUUAAGGACAUGUCUGCUCGCAAGGCUGAGGAGGACUCCGGCGAGGCCGAGGAUGCCAAGGCUCCUAGCAUGGGUGCUAAAUCGCUGUGCAUUCCCUUCGAACAGCCCAAAGGAUUGGAGAAGGGUGUUACUAAGUGCAUUAACCCGAAAUGCUCGCUGCUGGCAGAGAAGUGGUGUAUGUUCGGCCGCUCCUACUAG